AGGUUGUUUAUGAUUUUACCUGCCUUAAAUGCCAUGUAAUUUGGCACUUUAUUACAAGACCGCUUAGUGCCAUUAUGAAUUACUAACAAAACAUAAACACAGUUACAAAACUACCCCUCUCCGCUAACAAUGGUUAAUCUCGAGCCGGCCGGCGUUUUGCAGUUUUUGCACUGCUCAUUACAAAGUUGUGUCUUACACAGUGUGCUUGUCUGUUCCCUUAGAAUUAGUGAAACAGUGUGAUAAUAGUUUUAGUGAUGGCAAAUAUUAUUGACGUGGAAAUGGAUACGUGUGAACCAGAUAGCACGGUGGAAAUCAUCGAUGUGGAAGAAGAGCCAGUGACUGAGGAGCGAACUCCGUUGCAGGUUUUGAGUUAUGAGCUUGUGGAAAGGCAGAAUAUGUGUGCAGCUAUGGUGGCGGCCAGUAUUCGAGACAGAGACCGCGUCCGUACACAACUAGAGGAAGCCCGCAAACGACGGGAGAGCGUCACGACGGAUUAUCUGCAGGUGACGCAGUUGAGUAAAAAUGCUACUCGAAGCCUCGCGGACGUCAAAACUUCACUUGAGGACGCCAUGAGGAAGCGCGUUGCUCUGCUGAAAGAAAUCGAAACUGAAAAGAUGUGGAGACCGCCGAGCGCUGAAAUGUGUUUAAAAAAGCAGCAGGAACUAAAGGAAAGAGUAGAACAUAUGAGAGCCAUUUUGGGCAUGGGCAAAAUACGCACACCCGAUGAUUGUUGA